AAAAACAAGAGUGGAGGAGACCGAACUCCAUAUCCAUGAAUUUGGCCGCUAAGUUAAUAUCUUGCUUGACCGACAUCAAAAACGUAAAACGUGCACAUCACUAUCCACUACGUAACAUCGACCCUUGGCGGUUUUGUGAAAAUACUGAUUUUUACAAUCAUUGAAUGAUCGAAUAGUUGUUUGAAGUUAGAGAAAAAAUGCCUCUUCCGGAGGGGCACCACCCGAAAGGGUAUACCUUCGCCAAGGGGCUGGUAUUGCUAUUGGAUUCCUUCAUGUAGAAUACAAUGUCUCUAGGUGGUAUUGAGAACUGAAUGUUCCAGUUGGAUAAAAAAAAGUUUUUUUCUCUACUAGUUUGCUAACAACUAGAUGAGCUACGUUCCUGCAUUCCCUUUCUAUCACCCCAGGCGUCCCCGGCUGGUUGGGAUUAUAUGACGGCGUAUUUUCCCUACAGUGAUGACCCCAGAUCUGCGUCGCAGAAAAACCAUUGGGGCGCCUGUUUGCUCAGAUUUCAGCAGUUUUGUCGAUGUGCGCGUGAGUUGGGAGAAGAACAUCCGCGUUGCCGAUACCAAUACUUUCGAGCAGAAUGCAAUUGUUAUGGAGGUAAAAACCUGUUCAUCUUCAUGUUUUUAUCUUUACCUCAAGCCCGUUGUGGACGAGACAUGAUAAAGAUGAUAGUAAUGGUGUCCCCAAAAUUAUGAAAGGUCGCCUCUUCACUUUGCGGAAGACCGAAGACGUAAGUAUAAAAAUAGCAGCAACAAUUAAAUCUUCUAUUUUCUAUCAGCCGAUCUCGAUUUCUGGAUGAAAAAGAGGAAGGAAGGAAACUGCAACAUGGAUAUUUUGCCGGAUCGCAGUACGAAGAAUCAGAAGGGACACUGAGCGGGUUUGCGUCUCUACGGUCGUUGGCGAGAUUGCACUUGUCUACAGGGAACAAGUUAUGAGGAGUCAGAAGUUGAAGUACUAUCUUGAAUAACUAACUUUCGCACAGCAUCAUCGCGAGAGCUGCACACAUCAUUUUCAUUCACACAAGGAGUCCUGGAGUGGCGUCGUCGUCAACAUCUCUAAUCAGAAGACGUUAAUCAGAAAGCGAAUACCGGAGGAUGUUGCAGGAGUGAUAUGAAGCUGUCUUAUCCGAUGCGAAUCGAUAUGGCAUUGCUGGACGACCUUACAAUGCUCCUCCUCCCGUCAAAUUCGUUGUUGCCAUUCCGCGAUUACACAUCAGAACAACCCUCUUGUCGUUCUCUUCUCCGCUGCUGCCAUUUUCUCCUUUCUCCACUGACGCCUGUUCGUGCCACAGCACACCUUCUCCGAUGAUUCGCUUGACUACACCUCACUCUACUGCCUGAUUGCUUUCAUUCUUGCAUACCUCCAUCUCGCUAGGGACGUUUUCCUUUUUUGCAAAUCGACUGCCACAUCUCAAUUUCUUCUGAGCGGCUCUCGCUUGUCCUCACGCCACGUAGAUUACCAACAGGAGCUUGAACCAUUGAUGCUGAUGCUGUCGGUUCUUUUCUUAUCGAGAUUUUGAUGUGACCGUGAGAUAGCACAGGCUCUCCUUCAGGAGAGCAUAUUAUUGAAUUUUGUUCGUCGGUCCUAAGAAGUCGUCGUUAACGACGCGAAUCUGGCAGUGUUCCCUUUUCUUCGAGGUAUUAAGUCUCGGCAUGAAUGACUUCGGAGAGUUUCUUUUUCACAACGAGGACGAGGGAAACAAUGAAGCGCGUGAGCGUACGUCGGAACUGCUAUUUGCGAACAACUCGGAAGUGAAUACGAA